CGGUGACUUAGCAAAUUAAGAAGCCCCGCCCCCGGAAGCACCGCCCCUGGGAGUGGGCCUUGGGGGCGUGGUCAAUGCUGCCCCGCGGGGAGCCGGGGCGGGGCCUGCCUCGCGAGUGUGCGAGCCGCACCCGGGCUGAGUUGCGCAGUUUGGGUGUGUACCUGGCGUGCAAAGGUGAUCCAGCGCCAGCAUGGCCGUCCUCUCCAAGGAGUAUGGGUUCGUGAUGCUCACGGGUGCCGCCAGCUUUGUCAUGGUACUGCAUCUUGCCAUGAACGUUGGCAAAGCCCGCAAGAAGUACAAGGUGGAGUAUCCUGUCAUGUAUAGCACAGACCCUGAGAACGGGCAUCUCUUCAACUGCAUUCAGCGAGCCCACCAGAACACGUUGGAAGUGUACCCUCCCUUCCUGUUUUUCCUAACUGUUGGAGGUGUUUACCACCCGCGUAUAGCUUCUGGCUUGGGCCUGGCCUGGAUUGUUGGACGAGUUCUUUAUGCAUAUGGCUACUACACAGGCGAUCCCAGCAAGCGGUAUCGAGGAGCCAUGGGGUCUUUCGCCCUCCUCGCCUUGAUGGGCACAACUGUGUGCUCUGCUUUCCAGCACCUUGGCUGGGUUAAAUCUGGCUUGGGCGGUGGGAACUGCCACGGAAGAACUAUAGGGAUUUAAGAACUCUCAUUCAUCUUGAAUGACUUACCUUUAUUUCCAGUUAACAUUUUUUUUCUAAAUAUAAUAAAAACUUAUCUGGCAUCAGCCUCAUACCUAAA